AGGUUUAUCAUGGGACAGUUGGCUGAAGCAGUUGCAGUUGCAUUAAUUAGGAACUAAACAAGCAAGGCCUACACUCACAGAGAGAAGAGGAAGAAGCUUGAAAGAGCUAGCUAUUGAAAGAUUCUUGAUUUUCAUCUUCUUCAUACUUUAUUUUUCUUUCUUUCUGUUAGAUUUUGUUUGGGAUUCUAUUUAGAUCGAGUUUUAAAGAAAAAGAUAUCAUGGGGUAUUGGAAAUCCAAGGUUCUUCCAAAGAUCAAAAAGGUUUUUGAGAAAGAUAGCGCCAAGAAAGCUGCUGCUGCUGAAGCUUGCAAGUCCUUCGAUGGCUCCAAGGAAGAAAUCAACAAGGAGUUUGAAGAGAAGAAGACUGAACUUCAACCUAAAGUGCUAGAAAUCUAUGAAGCUACAUCAGCUGAAGUUAAGACCUUAGUUAAGGAUCCUAAAGAAGCUGGCUUGAAGAAGCACUCUGCUUUAGUUCAAAAGUUCCUUGAAGAGCUUGCUAAAAUAGAGUUUCCAGGAUCAAAGGCAGUGACAGAAGCAGCUACAAAGUACGGAACAAGCUAUGUCUCAGGUCCAGUUUUCUUUAUACUUGAAAAGGUGUCAACCUUUGUUGUGGUAGAAGAGAGGGCGGUGGAGCCACCACCAGCCGUCGAAGGAGAGGAAACGAGCAGCAAAGAGAAGGAAAUAGUAGUGGAGGAAGAGAAGAAAGAGGAAGCAGUAGUCGAGGCUGACAAGACGACGGAGACGGAGGAAGCUGAAGCAGUUCCGCCACCAGCUGCAGCUGAGCCUGCUGCCAAAGUAGAGGAAGAAAAAGCUUCUGCUGAACCACCAAAGCCUUGAUCACCCACGAGGAGGGAGAUCAAUCCAUCAUCAAGUAAUAUAUAUAUAUCUUUGUGAAAAUUAAUUAAUGGUUUCUUAUAUAUAUAUAAAACCCAAAAACGAAAACAAUGAUUUGUUAUUCUUUAUUAUAUUUUUCUAUCCUUAAUUUUCAUGUAAUUUUCCUUUGUUUUUCUUUUAAAAUUUUUAUUUUAUGUAUGAUUUCUUUUCUUUAUGUGAAGUUAUUUGUUAUAUUUGUAGUGUGAUAGAAUAUAUCUUUUCUUCUCUCUUCA